CCCCGGUGAGGACGGAGGCGCCAUAGUCACGGUAGUCCUGGCGACAAGAACCAAGCAACGGGAAUCAACAACAACAACAACAACAAUCUAAACUAUUAAGGAAUUUAUAAAAACUCGGCAUACAAGCCUGCACGAAUUAAAAGCGCCGCAGGAUCUCAGCCGCGCUCUCCAUGGCGACUCCGGGCUACACGGAGGAGCUCCAGCCCUCCCAGCCUCAAGGGGGCAGCGUGAGCACGUCGAAAAGCGGCCAGCAGAAAGCCACGCCCACUGUCGUCACGACCUCGUUCCUUCCCGACAUCCAGAGCUCAUCCGGCUCCUCCCCUUCACAGACUGGACUUUCCUCUAGAAUAACGCAGGCCACGCCUCCAGCGAUCCUCAAGAAGGCUGUUCUGGCCACGCCCACUCAGGUCACAGCGGCGGCCUCGCAGUACGCCGUGUCCGAGAUCCAGAGCUCCGCCUCCGGCUCCAGCAACGGCCAGAACACACCACAGUACAUAGUGGUGACUGUUUCAGACGGAUCGGUUCAUUCGAACGAGUCUGACUCCAGUCCACCUCCGACCGUCCAGACGGGUGUGCCGACACACGUGGUGCAGACCGCACAGCAGAGGUCAGUGGUGCAGACCACAGCCAAGGGCGGCCAGCACGGAGUCAGCAACCUGCACAUUGCUCCUGAGAUCUCUCAAGUAGGCCAUGUCUACUCCAGCCAGAUCCAGUAUGUGGAGGGAGACAGCAACUACAACACACCCAUUCGUUCCAGUACUUUCCCGUUCACAGAGUCCUCCCUCUACUCCCAAGCCACACCCUCCACCCCGUACUACGAGGAUCCGCCCACAACCGGGUCGCAGGUCUCCACCCCUGUGACCUCGCAGCCGGUUUCCGUGACUGCAGGAUUCUCGGGGGGCGGGACCGGGGUCACGGUGGUAUCCGGAGCGUCCUCUUCGAGCGGGCCUGUAGGCGGGGCCGGAGUUGGAGGUGGGGCCAGCGGAGGGGGAGGAGGAGGAGGAGGGGCAGGAAGUUAUGUGGUUCCUGGAAGCUACGUGAUGGGAAGUGGAGGACAGAAUUACACACACAACAUACGCGCCUCACCUGCUACUGUGCAAUGGCUAUUGGAAAACUACGAGAAGGCAGAGGGAGUGAGUCUGCCCCGCUGCACACUGUACUAUCACUACCUGCUGCACUGUCAGGAGGCCAAGCUGGAGCCCGUCAACGCCGCCUCCUUCGGCAAACUCAUCCGCUCCAUGUUCAUCGGCCUGCGCACCCGGCGACUCGGCACCAGAGGGAACUCGAAGUAUCACUACUAUGGCCUUCGGAUCAAGAGCAGUUCUCCCCUGCACCGGCUCAUGGAGGACCAGCAGCACCUGGCCAUGAGACAACAGCCCUUCUCGCAUAAGCACAGGAUAAGACCGGUGCAGAAGGUCGAGGGAAUGACCAAUGGGAUGGCCUUGGGGGCGGGGCAAGGAGCGGGCCAGGGGGCGGGUCUGUUUGACAUCAGCUCGCAAAUCCAGCAAUAUCAGCAGUUUUUGGACGGGUCUCGCUCUCUGCCUAAGUUUCCAGAGGUUGAUCUCCAGGGAAAGGCCCUGCCGGAGGGGAUUCUGCCGGAACAUAUUCGAGCAUUCCAGCAGCUCUACCAGGAACACUGUGAGGCGAUAGUGGAUGUAAUGGUGAACCUGCAGUUCCGUCUGGUUGAGACUCUCUGGAAAACCUUCUGGAGGUUCAGUGAGGGUCAGACCAACGAAGCACUCGACCUAAACAGUGAAUCUGAGAAGCGGCUGCCGAAAGCAUGUCUGGUCCUGCUGUGUCAGUACGAUCCAGUUCUACAGUGGAGCCGCAACUGUGACAACACGCUCUACCAGACGCUGGUGGAGAUCCUCAUCCCUGACGUGCUCACACCCAUACCCAGUGCCUUAACACAAGCCAUCCGCAACUGUGCCAAAAGUCUAGAGACCUGGCUCACCGGUGCCAUGAUGAACAUUCCAGAGGAGAUGGUCCGCAUUAAGGUGGUGUGUGCAGGAGCGUUUGCGCAGACGUUGCGCAGAUACACGUCUCUGAAUCACCUGGCUCAGGCAGCCCGGGCCGUCCUACAGAACUCAGCCCAGAUCACACAGAUGCUCAACGACCUCAACCGGGUGGACUUCAACAACGUGCAGGAGCAGGCAUCAUGGGUGUGUGCGUGUGAGGAGCGCACCGUGCAGCGGAUCGAGCAGGACUUUAAGAUGACGCUGCAGCAGCAGAAGUCUCUGGAGCAGUGGGCCGCCUGGCUGGACAGCGUCGUCACACACGUCCUCAAACCCUACACGUCCAGUCCGUCCUUCACCAAAGCUGCCAAACUCUUCCUGCUCAAGUGGAGCUUCUACAGCUCGAUGGUGAUCAGGGACCUGACCCUGCGCAGCGCUGCCAGUUUCGGCUCGUUCCAUCUCAUCCGGCUGCUGUAUGAUGAGUACAUGUACUACCUGGUGGAGCACAGAGUCGCUCAGGCCAAAGGAGAAACACCUAUCGCUGUCAUGGGAGAAUUUGCCAACCUAGGCCGGAACGACAGCUCAGCGGAUGCAGACAAAGAAGAGGAAGAAGAGGAAGACGACGAGAGUGACGAAGACCAGAUGCCGAUUCCGGUCGACUCCUCCGCCUUGGACGAUGAGGAGUCCCUGGAACCGCCCACCAAAUUAGCCAGGACGGACCUGUUCAACAGCACACACAACUAACACCACACACACACGCGCAAACACACAAAACACACAUGAUUUUCAACACCAGUUACAGAUUAUACACUCACAUAGACCUCUCUAGGGAUUCAUUAGAUGUGAACAUUACACCUUACUGAUACACACACAAAGAUUUAUAUAUGCUGAUUUAGCUUUGUGACCUUUGCCAUGCAGUCGUUUGCCUUUUGAGAGAACUGUUCUAUCUGCCAUAGCGUAUCAAUGUUUAAUGCCUUAAAUUAAUUUCAAGUGAUAUGCCUUAUAUACUUCUACAUUACGGCCCGUCUGUGUGUGAUGGUAUUUACACUUACGUUGCGUACACACUGCCAGUUUUAACGUUUCUAGCAAAUUUAUUAGAGUAUACGUUUAUUCGCUGUCUUAAUACAUAACAUUAUUACAUGACAAAUCAUCACGUAUGUAUAAUUACUCCAAAAUGCUGUCAGACUAUGUCCUGACUCCCCUCCCAGUAAACCAGCUGUAAAUCACAGGGUUGUGUUAAUGUGCUUUUAAUAUGCAACAUCGUUUCUAUAGUAACAGCGCGUUCACAGGCACUUCUGUAGAGGCGCUUGAGUUUCAUGUGAUCUUAGCCCAAAAAUAUGUGGAAUAUAUGUAUACACCGCUGGGCGGCACAUAGCGGUUAGCACUGUCGCCUAGCACCUUCAGGUUCCAAGUUCGAUUCCCGCCUCCUGGUCUGUGUGCAUGGAGGUUGCAUGUUCUCACCGUGCUUGGUGGGUUUCCUUCAGGUACUCUGCUUUCCUCCCACAGUCCAAAGAUAUGCAGGCUAAUUGGCGUUCCUAAAUUGCCGUGAGUGUGUGCCCUGCAAUGUAUUAGCACCCUGUCCAGGGUGUACCCUGAGUCUCCUGGGUGAGGCUCCUGUGACCCCGUGCACAGGAUACACCCAUCCUGUGCACUGGUGACAGAGCUAAUGUCCACCUCCUUAAUGUUCUCGGAUUUCAGGAACUGGCGGAUCCUCUGCUCUCUCUAAUUUCCUCUCACACUCUCUGCGUGCCUUACAGAGCAGCUCUUCUAGCUCCGACACUCGAGGUUGAACCUCUCAGUGUCUGGGACUUCGUCGGACACCUCAGCCUUUAGUUUUGCUCGAGGAAUCCACAAGGAUGUUCAAGUGCAUAUGAACAGAUUACGAAGGUCUGGUCCUCAACCAAAGAACUACCUGCAGAGACAAAUUUGUACUGGGUCUUCAGUUAGAGUGGUGUGUGUAAAGUUUGUCCCCGUUCUUACGCUUGGAAAUAAUAGUAGACAGUGACGGAUGUGGCUGCAGCUCCGAUCAUGUACAUAUGUAUGUUUGUGAUACAUACGUCUUACGCCAGAUGUCUUUCCUGAUGCAAGCCUUUUCAGGGCCUGGCACAAAGGUCCCCUGAGCCUCCUGGGGCUGGGGUUGUUUCCCUGACCAUGAAUCAAACCCUGAACACAGCCAUGUACUAGCCACUAGUCCACCAGGGAACCUCACUGGGUUUUUUUUUUUUUUUUAAGCUUAAUAACGAAGUGUGAGAAAUAAGGGGCUGGUGAGGGGAAACAUCAUCAAAUACUGCAAAAUUAGAGCAAGAAAUUACUGGUUUUUAACAUUAAACGCAACUCUAAAUAGAUAACUAGCACAGCGUUUCAUUAGCUAGUCUGCUCUGAAUCACAAUCCGACAUUACUCUCGUAUCCUUUUAUGCCUUCUAAGUUUUUAUUUUUAUUUUUUAUAAAUGGUGACAUUUCUUAUCUUUAUGACUGUUUUUUUAGCUCUACAGAUGGUAAAUAUAAUUUAAUAUACUAAAAAUAAUAAUAAUAAUAAUAAUACAAAUAUUUUCAUGCUGGUUAGGCGAUUUUUGAAGAUAUAUAUUUUUCCAACCUGGAAAACAUUUCUCGAUUCACUCCGCAUGUAUUUACUAAAAUGUAGAAUAUUAAAGAACUGGCAGUGUGUAUACACAAAGACAGAAAGAAUGUCUUCUUUUGUUUUUUAAUGCAUUGGAGAUGCAUUUAGAGGUUAAACAAAAAAAAGGGGGGGAGAGAACAUCGUCUUGUUGUUCGCCAUCACUUUGCACAGGCUUAACUUCCUUUUUCCUGCACAUUUAUCCCUAUUUUCCAUAAAUGCUUGUCAUGGUUAGCAGUAAUCUAAUGCUAACUUGCUCCAGCUAAUUUAAUGCUUUUUUUUUCAUUUUUAGAGACGCUAGCUCGCGCAUUUAUAUUAAGUGAACGUUUUGAAGAUCAAGAGAUUUGGUCACAGGUUGUUGGAAUGUAGAAUUGUGAAAUAAGUUAAACAAUUAAAUAAGCGUACAAUCAUUGUUUUCUUUUUCAAGUCAUUUUUGUUUUACAGGGACAUCAAGUUCUGCAGUUUUUUUUCUUUGAAAAGAGAUCAUGUUUUCAGAAAACACAGACAUUAAAACAAAUCCAACAGAUGGAUUACCCAUGAUGCAUCGGAGAUUUGUUUUUACGCUUGAUGCCCUUUUCAGUUGCAGUGUUAUUUUUCAAAAAGCUGUCACUAUUUUUUUUUUCUUUUGCAUGCUAAUUUGCCAGAAGAGAGAUUUAAGCUUGAUGCCUCAUUGUAAUACUUGUACUGCUUGUGCCUUUGGAGAAUAACCUCUGACUGCAGAGAUCUUUAAAUGUAUGAAUAAAUUAAGACGUUAUAUUGGA